AUGUCACAACAGUUAGAUCCAAAGACGGUCAUGUUGGAUCAGCAACAAGAACAACAACAACCCAAUGCCUACUCUCAACCCUAUAUGCAACCUGGACAACUCAUCUUUUUGGAUACAAAUCAACAAAUGCAAGGAGGAAUGUACUAUCAACCACAACCUCAACCACAAUAUGUUGUUAAACAGACCAACACAACCACAGCUCAACCUGUGGUUGUUGCCACCACCACUACCAAUGUUGUUACCUCAUCAGAUGGACAAAAAGCUGAAGAUGCGUUUACGAUCGCGUUGAUAUUGAGCUUUCCCUUGUGGCUCUUUGGUAUUGGAUUUUGUUUUUCAUGUUUCGUUUGGAUUCCUGUGUUGAAGUACAGACUUUCUUGUAUAAAUAAUUGA